AUCAAACUCGCCCUUAUGUACCCAGAAACAUAUGUGUUGAUAUAUAUUAACAAACUGCUUGAUAUAAGUGAGUUCUAAAGUAGGAGUUCCCUCAUUUUGAGGUGUGUGAAUUUAUACAAAUUUUCAAGGUUCAAAAGCACUUAUUUGUUUUUUAUUAAUUUUCGAUAAAAUGUCUGAAUUAAUAAUAUGCUCGAGAAAAAUAUCAGUUGACACUGGAUAGUGAGAGGAAGUAGUUGAGUUGAGGAAGUGUAAAAAAAUAUGCAAAAAAAUUGAGCCAACAAUAGACCAAAAAUAUUUAAGAAAAUGUGCCACGCAAUAAUAUUAGUUUUCUGCCUAAUACUUUCGAACACAUAUCAGACGCAAACCACUAUCCCUCCAACCCAAUCCAGUGAGCCUCUCGCUGAAAAUGCCUCGGCAAAUGCACGCGCUUUCAGUUGGUCAACAUUUUCGGAUAAAAUUUCCGAUCUACUUGUGGUGAAGAAGAACAUUAUCGCCGCAUAUCCACUGCAACUUGCCUCCACACUAAUCGAUAAGCUAUGCUCCAACACUCUCUUCAUGCAUCAUGUGCCAGCCAAAUUUACACCGGAUAUCGAAAAUAUGCAUUUCCAAUAUAUCACCAGCUGCAAAAAUUAUAGCGUACCACUCAUGAAAGCGGAACAACUUUGGCAUCACAUGAGCUUUAAUAAGCUGCGGAAAGUUGUCAUUCUGGCUACAGGUUGGACUAAUACAGUGAAUGAUUCUUCCACGUUAGCGUUGCUUUCGAAGGCUUUUCUUUGUCGAAAGGAUGUGAAUUUCAUUAUUGUUGAUGCCGCAUACUAUGUGGACACCUUGUAUAAAUGGGCCGCAUUGAAUACCGAGGAAAUUGGCGAGCAUAUAGCUAAGGGGCUUACACAUUUGAUAAAAGUAGUACCGUUAAAAAAUAUACACUUAGUAGGACACAGUCUUGGCGCCCACAUUAUGGGCAAUGCAGGUCGUACUUUCACCAAAUUGACUGGUCUCAAAAUACCACGCAUCACCGGUUUGGAUCCGGCUAAGCCAUGUUUUUUCAAAAACGAUACACUCAAUAGUCUAAAAACGGGCGAUGCCGAAUUCGUCGAUAUCAUACACACAAAUAUCGGGAUAUUGGCGAAGAAGAAGCCACUCGGUGAUAUUGAUUUCUAUCCCGGUGGCGCUAAUUCGCUGCCACCGGGCUGUUUGACUGCAUCCUGUGCGCAUAUACGUUCCGUGGAGUAUUUUGCCGAGAGUGUUUAUCCGGGAAAUGCAGAGAAUUUCAUUGGUUUGAAGUGUGCGAAUUGGAAAGAUUUAAAGAAACUAAAUUGCACACCCACCAUCACCACACCCAUGGGUUAUGCGGUGGAUAAACAACAACGUGGUAUUUAUUAUGUGCAAGUGAAACGCAAAUCACCUUACGGUAAAUUUGCGAAACCGCAUAGAGCACGUUGGGAGAAGGCCAAGUGUAAUAAGUGUGAGAAAGUGCAGCAGGGAAAGUAGGUUUAAUAACUUGUUAUGUAUUGUAGUUGUUAGUAGUGAAAUGUAUGAUAGAUAUUUAAUGA